AUUAAAGAAUGUGUGAUAUUGAAGGAUUUGCUUUGUGAAUUCACAAAUACUGAUCUGGCUGGAUUACAUUGAUUGUGGGAACGUUACACGGGUCGGGCCUUCUGGCAGGAAUAUGCUAUGGCAGCGUCUAGUCUGCCUAACCCAAAGAAGACGAAGCACAGACAGUCUAGCAGACCUUUCCUUAAAUAUCAUAUGAAAAGUCGGCUAUUGUGACAGAUAGGUUGAAGAGAGAUCAUGCCACCCACUAACGUUUACGUCAUAGCCCACCUUUCCUUCAAAUUUGAUAACUAGCAAAAUUAGCUUACUCAAGCUACAAUUACUAAACAGCGUUUUCAACAUGGCGGGUAGCUAGCUUGCUAUUAUAGAAAAUAUUUGUUUACAAGCUCUCAUUGACCACCGUCGGUCGGUGGCUGAAGAAACAGCAGGAUGGCUUCAAAUCAUCGAGGACAAGAAGAUGAACUUCCACAACCAGAAACCUAACACCUAAAAUUGCAACUAGCGAACAACUUCAUUGACAUUUUGGCUAGCUAGCUAGUCAGCUAACGUUAGCUACCUAGUGCGGUCAGAGCCCGGCUGUAGUCCGUCCCCGGCGACCAUGACUCCUCAGCAGCAGGAGGUUCACCGCGAGCAGCACCCCUCCAUAACCACCCAGAAAGUGCAGUUAACUGUCAAACUGUUUAUGCUGGAAAAUGCCCGGAAUACACUUGAAAAAGAACUUCUCAAUCUCAUCAACGAGGCCUACGAAGAGGUUCAAGAAUUCUGGAAUUCAUCUUUUCCCACUAGUGACUUCAGUGAUCUUGCAACAGCUUUGGAUACAAAAUGCCGAAACAUUGACAAGCUUUCAGCUUUAUUAAAAGACCUCACAGUUGAAUCAAAGGUUGUUGUCCAGCCUACUGACAAAAAUGGAGUAAGAACAAAUCAACUUCUGCCACUCCGAGACAAAUGGAUCCUAACGACAGAAGUUCUCAAGUUUGGGCCCAUGUUGCAGAACUCGCUCAUGGCGAGCUCUAUAGCCAAAGCUGUCCAGGUUCUUGGAGCCACGCUGUCCCCCCAGCAAUCAAAACAUUUCCCCAUCUCCCAGCCUAAAGCGGUCCAGCAGGAUGACAUGAUAUGCAGCAUCACGUCCAGCUACAACAGCGCCGUUGCGACUUCCAGCUCAUCCGCUCACUUAAAGGCUAAAGACAAAGAACAUGCAGGGCCAUCAGAUGCUGUGUUUCUUUCACCUGCAACUAUUGAGAGGCCCAAGAUUAACCCAGAGAGGCCACCAAUACUAAUACCUCCCAUACAAGCUAUACUCCCAGAGAUCAGUAACCCUAAACCAAGGAAAAUAACAUCACUAAUAGGCUGGGGAUGUGUGGAUGAUGUCCAGGUGCAACACCAAAAACAAACAUCCUCUCAGCUGCUUCACUUCCUCAGGACAAAAGCUAAAAACAUGGGUGCACUAGAGGUCAAUGUCAUGGAGUGGAGUGAGAGAAUGUGCCCUUCAAGCUUACCACAGGUGCCUACCAUCCAAACACAAAGCUACCAAUUCAGACAUGUUGUGACGGAUGAUCCGAUCAACGCACUAGCUCCAAAAACGUUGUGUGCAGACAUCGAAAACCAAGCCCCUGUCUUCAGGGUAAAAAGAGUGGAAUCAAGUGGCUCUCUGACCUACACUUGUGUGAUUUCAACAAAGACUGAACUGUGGGAUAUCGGAGACAUCUUCACAGAGGUGGGACACGGGGACUUUGAAGCGACUCCUUUGGGGAAAAAAGACUGCCCAAAUACAACAGCUCAGGUGGAGAAUUCCAGUCUAAACGUCCAGUGGAAAACCCAAACUCUCCAGUGCACAGAACCUGAACAUGUUGGCCAAUCUUCUGGUGCAAAAACACCAGCGGUCGACGCCAUUACCAUUCCUGAGUUCCAGAUCCGGAGGUUUGAAGAGACUGAAGUUGUGGUGUCUCAUAUUGUCAGCCCAGGCAACUUCUACGUCCAACACGCAGACUCCAUCCUUAAGCUGCAGGCCCUCACGAUCUGGAAAGCCAGUAAUUCAUAUGCCGAGCAGAACUGCAUUCCAGACAUUGGAACCCAAGUAAUGGGUUGGUUCCCCAAGCAAAAACAAUGGUGCAGGGCUCAGGUGACAAAGAUAUGUGGAGUUAGUGAAGAUAAUAAAGCCACGGAUGGUGCUGGGAGUCAGACCUCCAUCACGGUGGAGGUGAAGAGGCUGGACUACGGUGACACAGCCUGCCUGCCACUGUUUAACACCAAGGAAAUGACCCCAGAAAUGGCUGUCCUACCACUUCAGGCUGUACAGGUCUCACUGACAAAUGUGACGCCUGUGAAUGGGAGCGAUUGGUCUGAGGAGGCAGUGGGCUGGUUCAAAACAAUGGUGCACAACAGAACUCUCUAUGCCAGACUUUACCCGCAGGGGCCCUGGGUUACAGUCGAGCUGUUUUUGGAAAAGGGAAAGCUCGGAGCUAUGAGGAGGGGUGCACCAUUGUCUUUGAGACUGGCCCAGAACGGACAUGCAAAACACAGCAAACUCAAGAAUGUCAGCCUCGUGAAAAUAAACACUGUUCAACUUAAAAAGAAGAAGCAGGACUCGGCGUGGGAGAAGUACCUCAUCUCGUGCUGUACUCAAAAGUAACAAGUAUUCAGAAAGCAUCGAAUGUGGGUGGUUGUGUUGGUGUUAAUGUGUCUGUCUUGUCUGACAGCACACCAAUGUAAAAACCAAAAAAGAAACAAACACAGACAUUGAAUCUUAAAUAAGAGAUAAAGCAUCCAGGUUCUGGAUAUGUACAAGUGAACAUACAGUGAACAAGUGGACAAACUGCUGUGAUUGGCACAUUGCAGUACACCGAUAUAUAAUGGAUAUUUAAAUAAAAAUGUAAUGUUAUAUCAACAGUUUGAAUAAAAACUGAAGGCAUGGGCUAGAUUAGAACACAUUAAAUAGCAUCAGCUUUCUUGUGGAUUUUUCUGUCUUGCGGUUCUUAAAGUCCAAGCUGUGUGUAGUGAAUGAGAGUGUAAAGCUCAUUGGAACUCAAGAAACUUCUGUUCUGGUCUUUUUAACUUCAUCUUUUUAGCGUCUAACAAAUUGGGGCUGAUGUCGUUGAAGCAUUGAUAGAGAAGUGUGAAACAAAAGAACUUUUUUUUAAUGUUGAAUAGGGACAUGAAUAUCUAAUUGUAGUGCAAGUUGUAUUAUUUCCCACUGUUUAUCCUUUAGCAUUUCCUUAACAUUUCUUUAAUCCUUGUUAAAUGAUUUGUCUGUGUGCUGCAUGCAGAAGGUCUGUUUUUUAUUUUUAUGUAUCCCUUUGUUGUCAUGAUAAUCAUUAUUAGAGCCAUAUUGCCUUAUCAAUGUUGAAUUCUUGUACAAUGGACGAUACAUUAUCUUAAAUGUACAUUGUCUAUAUCUCUAUCGUAAUAAAACUGUUAGCAUUGUA